UUGGGCUUCUGCUGCAGCGGAGAAUGACAAGAGGAUGAGAGAGAGAGAGACGGGGACGGAGCGGUUUGCUUAUUAUAGGCAAUAAUAACAAGUAUUUAUACAGGGGCCUGAGGGGGAACGCGUAAGAUGGGGAGUAAUGACUGAAUGCAUGACGGUGAGCCUUCAAAGGAACUGGCUGCAGCAGAAGGUUAGAACAGUGUGAGAGACCCGGGAACUGGGGCAUGUCUCUCUGAAGACGUGGAGAAUCCCUCCCCACAAUCCCGACUUCAUGGCCUCAUCGGAGACCACCUUGUGAACAUUCGCUCUCAUACCACAGAACUAAAAUGACCAGCACAGGCUCAGACACAAACAUGUCCAUUAGGAGGUUAUCGCAGAAACCACAGUGAAAAGUUAUAAAAAAAACAUGAGAGAUUAAAAGCCUGGCGACGACGAAGGGUUCUGCUGCAGCCUGGGCAGCACAUCCACAUGAUCACAUGACUCUUGAUAUGGACGCGGUCCUGUCAGACUUUGUUCGGUCCACAGGGGCAGAACCGGGUCUGGCAAGAGACCUGCUGGAAGGUAAAAACUGGGACCUGAGUGCUGCCUUGAGCGACUUCGAGCAGCUCCGGCAGGUCCACACGGCCAACCUGCCGCAGGUCUUCAACGAGGGCCGCUACUUCAAGCAGCAGGAGCGCGACACCCCCCAGCACCUGAGCAAGAUCGAGCGGCCCAGUCUGCCGAGGCAGGAUGACAUUGCUCAAGAAAAGCGCCUCUCCCGAGGAAUUUCCCACGCCAGCUCUGCCAUCGUCUCCCUGGCCCGCUCCCACGUGGCCGGCGAGUGCAACAGCGAGCAGUUCCCCCUGGAGAUGCCCAUCUACACAUUCCAGCUGCCUGACCUCAGCGUGUACAGCGAAGACUUCAGGAGCUUCAUCGAGCGCGACCUCAUCGAGCAGUCCACCAUGGUAGCAUUAGAACAAGCAGGUCGUCUGAACUGGUGGUCCACCAUGUGUACCAGCUGUAAGCGUCUCCUCCCCCUGGCUACCACAGGCGAUGGAAAUUGCCUCCUUCACGCAGCCUCCUUAGGGAUGUGGGGGUUCCACGACAGGGACUUGGUGUUGAGGAAAUCCCUCUACGCCAUGAUGAAGAGCGGAGCAGAGAGAGAGGCCCUGAAGAGGCGCUGGCGAUGGCAGCAGACACAGCAAAAUAAGGAGUCGGGCCUGGUUUACACGGAAGAGGAGUGGGAGCGGGAGUGGAGCGAGCUCUUGAAGCUGGCCUCCAGCGAGCCUCGGACGCACUUCGGCAAGAGCGGCAACACCAGCGGAGGCGUGGACAAUGCAGAGGAUCCUGUGUAUGAAAGCCUGGAGGAGUUCCAUGUGUUUGUGUUGGCUCAUGUCCUUCGGCGGCCCAUCGUGGUGGUGGCAGACACAAUGCUGAGAGAUUCUGGAGGCGAAGCAUUCGCCCCUAUUCCAUUCGGGGGAAUUUAUUUACCGCUGGAAGUCCCUCCAAAUCGCUGUCACUGCUCCCCACUGGUCCUGGCCUACGACCAAGCACACUUCUCUGCGCUGGUGUCUAUGGAGCAGAAAGACCAGCAGCGAGAGCAAGCGGUUAUCCCACUGACUGACUCCGAACACAAGCUGCUGCCUCUUCACUUCGCAGUGGACCCAGGGAGGGACUGGGAGUGGGAGAAGGAUGAUAACGAUAACGCAAAGCUAGCCAAUCUUAUCCUGUCUUUGGAAGCAAAACUAAACCUCCUGCACAACUACAUGAAUGUAACAUGGAUUCGAAUUCCUUCAGAAACAAGGGCUCCCCUCGCUCAGCCAGAGUCACCCACAGCCUCAGCGGGAGAGGACGUGCAGUCACUAGCUGAUUCCAUGGACUCCGACCGCGAGUCCGUCUGCAGCAACUCCAACGUCAACAACGGCAAACCCAGCAAGGAGAAGGAGAAGGACAAGCAGCGCAAGGAGAAGGACAAGAACCGGACCGACUCGGUUGCCAACAAACUCGGGAGCCUUAGCAAAACCCUGGGCAUCAAGCUGAAAAAGAACAUGGGGGGUCUGGGGGGGCUGGUCCAUGGCAAAAUCAGCAAAUCCAACUCCGGCAAUGGCAGGAACGGGGAAAGCGGGGAGAAGAGCAAGAAGAAGGAAUCGAAAUCCCGCAAAGGGAGCAAAGAGGAAUCUGGACAGUCGGCCAGCACGUCUUCAUCUGAAAAGACCACCAGCCCGUCCCCUACAGAGAGGCCUUCGGGGGCGUCUCCCGUGGAGAAGCGCAACAGCUCGUCGAAGCCCCCGUACGAGAAGGUGUCGGACCACUGGAAGUACAGCACUGAUGUCAAGCUGAGCCUCAACAUCCUCAGAGCAGCCAUGCAGGGAGAACGCAAGUUCAUUUUCGCCGGCCUCCUCCUGACCAGCCACCGCCACCAGUUCCACGAGGAGAUGAUCAGUUUCUACCUGACGAACGCCCAGGAGCGGUUCAGCGCGGAGCAAGAGCAGAAGAGGAAAGAGUCGGAAAAGAAGCCUGCUGUCAGCGGGUCCGAUGCUAAGAAGCCGGAGCAAGAGGCCGCCUUCCAGCGAGAAAAAACAGACACCUCGCCUCGGGAGGGCUGCUCUCCGGUUUUGCACCAAAGCCAUACCUCCCAGCUGGUUUUGAAGCUGCAGGAGAGGCACAGCCCGACACCGGCCCCUUUCUCCUCCCCCAGCAAUGGUGCUAAAAAAUCCGGGCCCAUCCCGGUAUCAGCCCACUACAGCCAUACACCACCUAUCCAGAGGCAAAGCGUCAUUCACCUACGAGAUGUCAACGUGCAGUCGUCCAGCUUCCAGGACGAUACCUACAAACCUAUUGUAGGCACUCUAAAGACCUGCGCUACUUACCCGCAGCAGAACCGCUCGCUGUCCUCUCAAAGCUACAGCCCUGCCCGCAUGUCGGGGAUCCGUACAGUGAACACAGUCGAGUCCCUCUCUUACGCCAUGCCUGGGGAACACAAGUCACACACCUACACCAACGGUUUCGAUGCCAACGACGUCCGGGAUUGCCUUGAAUUUGCCGACGCCGAUUCCCCCCAGGCCUGGCUAAGCCAUGACAAAACCAAAGGCCGCAGCACGGGGUGCCCGCUUUACAGACUCCAGCAAAACCGGUGCAAGAAGGAGAACUGUUCUUUCUAUGGCCGGCCAGAGACAGAGAACUACUGCUCGUAUUGCUACAAAGAGGAGCUGAAACGUAGGGAAAAGGAAGGAAAGACGCAAAGACCUGGAUAGCCCCUAGCACACGCCAGCUGGUAUAACCAGCUGGUUCAUGCUAGCUGCAGAAAUUCUCUUAGAAAAUGGAAACAUAUCCCUUUGUGCUCUAAGAAUAAUAAAAAAUAAUGGCAGAAGUAGACCAUAACAAAUUUCCUACUCUAUUUAAGAACAGUUCCUUUUACUCCUGUUACCUUUCCCCCAGUAUCGAAGGACACAGUUACUUGAUAAUGAAGAAGGUAGAACUGAAACUCAGUUCACAGCUUUGGCCAGGGCCUUCCUGAGUAACAUUAUAGGUCUGGUUUGAAUUUCUAUUUUCUGCUUUUAAUUAGAUUUAAUUAGAUUUCAAACCUGUAUGAAAAAUAAAGAAAAUGAAAUACUUUUAUCAAACGGGCACAGAGGCGCUGUGGUACCUACAGAAACGGUCAUACUGCAGGGUACCACUUUAAAAAUAAGUAAUUUCUGCUGUAACUAAAGCAUAUGUACAGAAGUGAAUGGCUUCAACAGUGAGUAUGAGGAGCUUUGUGAGUUCCCUUUUAGUGUGAAUUAGAAACAGUCUAAUGCUUUAUGACUUUUAUCUGCAAGUUUGUAAAGAAUAGAUUAAUUUAUAAAUAGUUUGUAUAGAAUAGUUUGUCCAAAGGCAUUUGCUGUUAUAUUCACGUCUAGGAAGAAUUAUACAUCUAAAAGCAAUAAUUGCUUUAGUGUCAGAAGUGUUCACAUAAUCCCUCCCUUAUGUCCUUGCACAAAUAGUAUCUAACUUCAAGGCUUUUUUCUUUCAUUUUUGUAGCACCUUACAGGCUUCAGCUGCCACAACUACAGGCCCCAACAUUUUUUGUUUCUUGAUAUGACGUCUGGUUGCUUGAAGCUAAAAACUUCCAGAAAUUGAGACACAACACACAACUUUAAAGUAGCUUAUUGUAGGCUGUACAACUGUAGUCAGAUGCAGUUGUAUGCAAAAUGCUAGUUUUGCCGUUUUAGAUUAAAGACUUAUGUACAUUUACAGAGGGCCUUUUCCCCUCUUCUCUCCUCACCCAAAGCUAGUGUUCUUUAUAUUAAAAUGGUUACUGCUUACACACAUAAAUUCUGACAUAAAACCAAUGUGCCAAAAACAAUUAAAAGUAAUUUUUAAAUACAGCUAUGCCAUUGUUCUCAGGUAUACAGCAGUAACACAAAAUGCUUUCAGAACAUUUUUAAUGUAUCUGAAUUUGAGAACAUCUUGUGCACCUUCACCAAAAUUCCCGAAGAAGAAGGCAAUGUGACGUGCAAGAGAUGAAGAGGACAAAUGAAAAGGCAAAUUUAAACUCGCACACAGCAGAUCCAGCUGAGUGUGAAAAUGGAUGUGAGUUUAAUUCAGAAAGGAAGAGCUGAAAAUGUACUGUACCAAUGACACAAGCAGUUGCUAUGUGUAAUUAUAAUGUGCUUACAUUUUCAGUAUUAUGUGCAAAUAUCUGUAAACAGAAAAAUAGCACUGAAAACAAAGCUUAUUGAAACUUUCAGUAUAAAAUAUUUUUGGCAGUAGACAGGAAUCCUGUUUUUUUUUUAGUUGAUAUGGAGGUUCACCUGUUAAAUAUUGGUUGUAAAAUAUAUUACAAAGCUACUGUCAUGAAGUGUGCUUUAUUAACAAGAAAAAUAAUAGUUUGAUUUUUAUCUGUCUUUAGGACUGUUUUCUUUAUUAUUUUUAAAUACAGUAAGAUAUACUCCAAAUAGAUAAUAAACAUUCAUUUUAGACAGCCAUUCAUAGAUUUGUAUGUACUCAAAUAUCGUGACUAAAUGUCCCUGGUCAAAGCUGUGACUGUCUCUUAGUUCUCUUUCAUAUUUUUACUGAACAUACUGCAACUUUCUUCCUCGUUUGUAUGUAACAGUUUCAUGGACUCUCACCCUUAGAAGUGUAAAAUGUUAUUUUAUAUUAAUUUGAGACUUUUACACUACUUUAAAUUAUUAAUUUGCACAUUAGGUACCGAUGUAAAUAGCAAAAAAAGAAAAAAAGAUUAGUUUAUUGUUACAAAAAAGAGAGUUGUUUGUGUGUUUUGUUUGUGGACUAGAGAAUGUGAUUACAUUGGGAAUUUACAAGCCAAGGUUAAAUUGUAAUAUAGAAAUUAUUUUUAUAUUAUUUUCACAAAAUGCCGCAAAGCAAUAUUUUGCUCUUUUUCUUAUGGACACAGUUGUCAUUUUGGUAGGUUAUUUUAACUGCAGGGCUGUUUGAAGAAAAUAACCUUGAAAAAAGGAGCUUUGUAAAAGAAGUGUUUUAAGUUAUGACUAUUUAUGUUCUCGAUAGUUUCAAACAUUUGUAACAAAACCUACUACUCAUCAAGCUGAGUUAUGAAAAAGCUUUAUUUUAUUUUUUUUCAGUGAAUUACUUGGUACUUUGUACUUCAGUCAUACUAAUAAUCAUCGCUCCAUUGUGCAGCCUCUUUUAAACAUUGAGGUGGAAAUGCAAUUAUUUUCCAUUAUUAAAACAUAAAAAAUUUAAAACUGGAGUAGUGAAAAAGCUACAUGUAUAACUAAAGAGAUUUAUAUAACAAAUACUAGUAAUGUAUUUCUGUUUUCUUAUAUUUGCCAUGUAAGGGAAAUAUCUGAGAACUGUGGGACAUUUGGCUUUAAAAGCAGCUAACCUUUAUUUUGCAUAGCCUUGAGGCCUGCAGUUUGCAAUAAGAUGCAUUAGCAUUAAAUGGCUGGCAUACACUGCACACGUAAUACGAAUAGUUUUCACAUACUGUAGCUGUAGUGUGCUUCAGUGUUCCAGGGUUUUAGUCUUCAGUUCGGAAGUGGAUUCUACUUAAAGUGAGGCCUCUAAAAAGGCUGAGACCUGCAAGUAUGGUUAGAAGUCCUUUACAGAUCUAUCCAUAUGUGUUUAAUUAUUUUUUCCAUGAAAUGCAAAAAUGGGGGAAUCAAUUACAUGUUUAGGCUCUUUUGUUUUUGUAAAGAGAUUGCAACUUCUAGUAUGAUUAGAAGCCUGCACAUCUUUGAAAAGAAAACUCCCUUUUAGCCUUUUAAUUUUUUUUUUUUAAAUGUAUCUCCUGUUUCGUUGUUACAGAAAGGGGAAAAACAAUAUUGGUGUUUCUUACUGUACCAGAGUAGCUUUUUUCUCUUGGUGUUGUACACAUGUACACACGUAAAAGGUCAAAUCAAGCUUAAGUAUACACACCCUAAAGUAGAACAGUGAUUCAGUAAAUUCAUCUCCUCGAUUCAGCAAGUAGCACCAUUGUCACACUUCAGAUGUUACCAAAAUGCAAAAAUGCAAUCAUGGUUAAUUCUUAAUAAACAUAGAACAGUCCAUGUUUAGAUAUAAUUACUAUCUUUGUCAUGAAGACCGUUGCCAUAUUUAGACAAAGAAACAAUAACAAUAAAAUCUUCCCAUUGUAAAGCCUGCGGUUUGUGCCCUGCAAUUUGUAUGAUUAAGGAUUUGACAUGCAGUCCAAUGAAUGUCAAAUCUAUUCAUUUGGAAAAAUACUGAUGCUCAAAACAAGUCUUAGUGUGUGCAACAAUCUUAGUUUUUGAGCAAAAAAAAAACUACGAGCAAAACUAUGCCUGUGCUAAAGUUCUCGCUUCGCUGACUCACUUUUUUAUUGUUAAAGGAGAUAUACCCACCUUAACCUCUAUUGUGUGGUUUUAACUAAAAAAAAAUCAUUUAGAUUCACUGAUGUUUAGGUUCAUUCUGCUGGCAUACAAAUGUAAGGUGAAUGAAUGUCUGGGGAAAAAAAUCAGCUUUUUUUUUCUAUGUGAGUAAGAGAGUUACAGCUUUUAUUGUUUUCUGUUGUAAACCGUCAUCAUUACUUUCUUGUUCUGGCCCAGCAGAAACCAGGGAUUGUGAUGUAGAAACCCAGUCAGCAAUUGUGUGUAGAAGGGAUCUUCAAUCAAUUGAUUCUGCUUGCAGGACAGAAGCAUUCUGAAUCUUCCUCUAUUGUACAUUGUAAAACACGUAUUAUGGAGUUCAAACUGAGGAAUUACGCCCAUGCUAUUGAUCACAUUGCAUUCACUUUUCCCCCUGCUAUAAAAGUAUUUACAGCAGGGUACCUUAACUAUCUUAUUAGAGUUGUGGAAAACAGUAUAACCUCUAUCCUAAAGUUACCACAUGCCUUGAGAAAGCAUAAUAAAAAGGUCUUUUCAUAAAAGCUGCAUUUAAUGUAUAACCACAGCCCUUCACACUAUCAACCACAGAGAUCAGCCUCUGUGGAACACCAAGACAGCUCUUGCGUGUGGCGUUUUUAUUUUUAUUUUUCUACUAUAAAUGAUUUAACAUGCAGGCCACUCACUUAUUCCCAAACAUGUACGCUAUAUGUGCAGACAUACUUAGAGCUUUGCAACAAGCCUGGUCUUUCUGAUGCACCAUGCACUUAUGAGCACUAAUUAUGGUGAUUGUACAAUGCUAUUUAGAAACAUGACUGCACUGUAGGGUACUAUUAAAUUGUUCUUGGGAAAUGAAUAUAAGCCUGCAGAGGCACAAAUUCAGCACAGAAUGAUCUUUUUGUCUCAGUGAUGUAAUAGUUUUAGAUGUAAAUUUAAAAAAAAGGAGAAGAGGAUGUGUUUGCACAGAACUGAAGGAAAAUUCCAUCAUCCGAUUAUCUGAAUCAGCAACACAAAGAGAUAUACAAGUCUUUAUUUAAAGUACAUAUACUGUAUAUUCUACAUAUAGUGUAUACCUAUGGGAUAGAGUGAAUUGCAUUUGGAUAUAAAGUAUUUUGCAAGUUUGUUACCUACUCUUCCAUUGGUAGCUCAUGUAUCACAAGACCAGAUUUACUGAUAAAUGACAAAAUAUCCAACAUAUUGACCUACUGAUCCUAGUUUUGAAUAAAACAAGAUGAGAAAUUUAUAGCAGAGGUUUUACAGUGAUACCACUAUAAGAUAUAUAGUGACUACUAUGAAUUAAUACUUUAUCAAACAUUAAUGUUUUAUCAAAGUCCCUCCAUUAACAUUACCUGCAUGACUUUGAGUGGGCUGCACUUUUUGUGAAGUGGAACGAAUUUCCCUUAUUAGCUUUAUGACUGAUGCUCUAUCUGACGUUCUUUGCAUUUGGUUCCCUGUGUUUCAGUUUAUUAAUACUACAGGUGUCUCUCAUUCAUAAUUUUUUUUCCAGGUCAUACUAACCACGUAGAAGGGAAUAAAGAAAUACCUACCAGGCAGCUCAAGUAAGUUUUUCAAGUGGAGAAGAUGGUCCUAAUUUUCAGAAAAACCCAAACAUUUCUAUCACCAUGGUGGCUCAGCCAAGGAUACAAAAAGAACUGGCACAGUGAACUCUAAUGUAGAACCACUAUUUUGUUAGAUAUUUCGCUGACAAAGUGUACUUUAUUAAAUACCCUAAAAUAUUUAUAGUCUUCCCUUGAAACACAUUUUAAAACUGACUGAAUAUUAACCAAUUUCCUCCUGUGAUUUUUAAAAGAAGAUCCAUUUAGAAAAAAAUUGAGUGAACUGUCUCAUUUAGUGCUUAGAGAUACUGUUGCAUUGUGUUUUAAUACCAUGUCUCAGACAGACACUGCAGUUAGGCAAGACAAGCCAUAACAAGUUCAAUGUUAGGAAAAGUAAUGUCAGAAUUUAAAUGUUUUGAAUUUAUAGAUGGUGUCGUGGGGGCAGAUCCAAUUACUUAAACUGAUAUAAUUUAUUUUGAUUACAGUUACCACCGUGAUACACUAAGGUAGGUAUUUAAUUUGCUUUUGAUUUUGGUAGUGAUAAAUGGAUAUAAUGUAAAUGCUGGUGGGAUUCACUUUCUUGUAGCAUGUUUUAGUUUCUACCAACUACUUGAGAAAUUAUGUAGACCAUAAACCAUACUAUGAGAUAAAAAGAUUUAUACUGUAUAUUAAUGUUAGUGUCCACCAAGUGAAUGUAUGAUCAGUAAGAAAUGCUUUCAAAGUCUUCAAGAUAUAGAAUGGUUUUGCCUUCUGCUUUUAUUAUUUUUAUGCACAGAUAAGUGACAUUUUAAACAAAUGAACAAUCACUGGGUUGUACAUACAGUUAUUGAUCAGGGUUGUCCUUUUCUGGUCAUAACUGGUGGAGUAAGCCUUAUUUUCCCAUAGAAGAGAAAAUGCCUGGAUGGUGAAGGAAACCAUAUCACAGUUUUCGUCAUGUUUAAGGAUUCUUGCACCUAUGCUCAGUGUGCCUAGAUUCCUGAAAGAAGGUAUUUUUUUGUAUUUUUUAAGAUUGUCACUACUCUAUUGUGGUGGUCUAAUGAAUGCGAUCCGCUGCUCGGCCAUGUGAACACCUUUAGGUCAAGUUGUGUAGACGUGAAGAGUGUUCUCUUUCAUUUGGGCAUUCAGAACCUUUGAUUUUAAAAUCAGAGGGGGUGGCAGCUGAAAAAGCUGUGAAGAACAAAUUUUGGCUCUAUAAAAUGCCACGUUUUAAAAACACAAACACUGAGUAUAAAGCAUAUUGGAUAAUGCAGUGCUCAUGCUUGAUAUAAGAAUUCAUAAAGCAAUUUAUAAAAGCAUUGUUUUCAAGUCCAUCCAAUUCCUAACAGUAAUGCAUGGCGCAUUUGUUUAGUACCGUAAGAGGAACAAUCAAACACAAUCUCUUCUUGCAGUGAACGUGGGAAUUAAAAUGCUGCUGUGUUUUUCUAUGAAACCUGUUCCGGUCAUCUGUCUUUUCAAGUUUUCUGUAAAUAGGUGCUCCCCAAGGAUGCUAAAUGCACAGAUAAGGCCCAAAGUUCAAUAUUGAGCAUUUCCCUUUCACGAAAACCAACAAUAUCUUUAAAAAACUGGUGUCAGCAGUAAAAUUGAUUGAUCUCCAGUGUCUAUGUCUUUGAAAGAGAAAGACAACAGAACCUUCUGACUCCCAUUUAACGUGUGUUAUCACAUAUCAGUUCUCAUGUCAGUUGUGUACUUAAAAGACUCCAGAGUUAAAUAACAGCAUUUCAUAUCUUGUAAUAUUAUGCCCCAUUACUUUCAAACCAUUUGGUACAAAAUGUUCUAUGUUUUUAUGCCUUCUUGUGAAUUGCAUUUUAAUUACUAGCUUUUUUAUUUCAACAUGGACAAUGUUCAAAAAUUGAAAUAGGGUGUUUUCUGGAGUGUAGCAUUGCACUGGUAUCCAAUUUUAUUUUAUUUUUCUUAUAUAACAUGAUGUGUUUUUGUGGCAGAUUCUCUGUUAUGGUCAAAUUUUCUUCCCUAUUACAUUGUACCAGUUUCAGAGUUUACAAUGUCAAUCAACUUUAAUACACGGUAUCACUUUUGAGUUUAGUGUCUUUUAUUUUACCACACAGUUGAGUACUAAGCCUUAAAACUUGAAACGCAUUGAAGAAAAUAAAGAACUUGUAAAGCCAGUUCGUGUGAGCUGAUUAGACUUGGCCGUUUCACAGUAGAGUGUGCUACACUCCCACUAGAUACAACUCUGCAGGAACAGCUUGUAGUCUGACACUGAGAAAUGGGUGGCAGUGUUUGUGUUCUGAACACUGCAGUCUUGUCCUUAGAUAACUUUUUCAGUCUGUAACCAUAGAGAUAUGAUUCAGCUUAUUAGAAAAAUAGCAAGUAUCCUUAUGCAUUGAACAAAGAAUUGUGUUUUUAAAACCAAAGCUUAUGAAAUGAAGUAGAAUCUGCUUUUCAAAUUCCCAUGAAUAAGGUGAGAUAAGAUUUUGGAUAAACAAAAGCAUUUUUCCAAACCUGCUCUGAGACAAUGGCAUACUUGCAUAACCUCGACCUACUUUAGGUGCUGUAACUCUGUGGUUGACGAAGAACUGCAUGGCAUAUUAUGACAAAAAAGCUCAUGGAGAUCCUAAAAACAUAUACUGUGUUCUUAAAUUCAUGUGGCAUUCCAUGCAGAACAUGAUCUUAGAAAAUAUUGUGUCUUAACCUUUUUCUGCUUAUCAAAAAUGCUUCCGUUGCAAUCAGGCUCUUACAUGCUCUGAAUAUAGGUUACUUCUAAAUUUGAAAAGGCUAAAUCCUGCUCGUACACUUGUAAGGACUGUCUGCACAUUCAUAAAUGAUUCUUAAAUUCAACGACAACUUUUUACCAGUCCAGUAAUAUAAUAGUCAGCUAAAACCUAGUAACGCAUAAGGACCGAAAUGUACAAGAAAGUGACUUCCUUUUUUCUGUUUCCCUUCAGACGUAGGCUGUAAAAACACCAAUUAAAUUUAUUUUUAUUUCUCAAACUCCUCUCACUCACAAAUCUAAAGGGAGGACUUUACACAGACUUCAGAAUGUUAUAUACAGUGAAUGCAGAUUGUCAUGGAUAGAUAGAUGUGGAGCUGAUCUGCACUGUCCUAGAAAGCACAGUUCACAGGUGCUUAAGUCUAGGAGAUUACUGGAAAGUUGCUGACGUAUUAAACUGGUUUAUUGAGACACCCCCUGUUGACAAAUGGGAGAGGUUAAAGCACAUGCAGCUCUGCCUAGGACAUGCUUAUCUCUAAACAUGCAUUUAGAUGUGCGAGGGGGUGUGGCCACUAAUGCUGAGAUAAGUAAAAGCUCAGUUCUUGCCUAAUGUGGUGAUCUGUGACGUUCUAGGAAACAGGCCUUCCAUUCAUUGUUGCAAAAAUGUUUUAAAAUGUAUCUCAUCAACCUUAAAGCAUCUAUAAGUAACAAAUUCAUGUAAAAAAAAACACAACCACUAGGAAAAGCCCGUUUGCUUUAGAUCCACAGCCUCAUUUUCUUUGAUCGCUGUCUUUACAUUUUGUAUCUUUAGCUUUGCAAAGUCACUUCUCCUCUGUGGCUGCUACAGUUAGAAUGUUUAUUUAAAUGACAUUUUCCCCAGAAAUAGUGUGCAUAGGCAGACAAACAGGAAGCAGAAAUGAGAGGUGGUGCAGUCUUGGAGUCUGACAAAUAGAGUGAAAUUACACAAAGUGUGCCAAAGGAAUUGAUUGAACUCCUGUUGCAAUUGGAUAGUAUUCCCUUCUGAGUUAAGCACCUCUUGGGUACUACAGUAGAUAUACAAUGCAAGUAGAGAAAUCUAAGGGAUUUGACAAAAUCAACUCUUCUUGCUACACAAAGGUGUAGUACCAGAAGUCCUUCCUACCGAAAAGGCCAUCUACCUUUUAAAGGGGAGCAGAGAGAUUCGCUUUUCUACUUUGGUACAAUGAUGCUUGCAGCCUUCUGAGAAAGUAUUGGUGCCAGCUAUGGGGAAUUCCAUAGUCUCUAACCUGAUCGAGAUUUCUCCAUUAGCAAGUCAUCGGUAGAAUAGCAGGAAUAACACCUAACCAAAGGCACUUCUUUACCAAAAGGGCUGGGGGGAUAAUAGUUGUGUUUUUGAAGCUGACACCUUGGCUUCUUUCAUGAAACAGCUGGAUGAGGUCCCCAGGUCAAUCAGUUCCUAACUGCCAAACAGGCUUCAUGGGCCUAAUGGCUCCCCUGUGUUUGUAACCUUGUGUUAUGAAUACUGUAGGAUAAAAAAUCUGACAACAUGUGUUAGCCGACAACUUUAGGGGCCACCAGUCACAUAAUUACAAGCUGAUGUUUAAGUGGGAAAACGAAAUCCAAAAUACCAACUUGUUUUGUUGAUAGCCAUUCAGCUUUCAUACUGUACAUUAUAAAAUAGCUGAGGAUCAACAAAAAACAAAACAUUUGCACAGCUUAAGAGCACUUGUAUUUAGCUAUUCAAACUCACAUCCUCUGUUGAACGCUGAAGAAGCCUGAGUUAUAUGGGCACAAUACCUUUUUGCAAAUAAAUCUGUGCUCUGAAAUUAAAUGCAGGCCCAUCUCCAUGUUGCCACUUGCUUGGCAGUAAUUUCCCAACAAGAGUGCUUAUCAAAAACACUCAUUAAAAUCUUCACUUUCAUGUCAUUUUAGUGGCAGCUGUUUUUGGCUUGAAGUAAUCAGCCUUUAUUUGGAUUGCAGAUAGAAAAAAGCAAAAUGUAAAUGUAUUUUAAUUAAUAUUGAUACUUUUAAUUAACAGCCUAGCUCUUUAAAAGCGCAUUAAAAUGAAAAGAAAUAUUAUAAGAUCUGAAUUUCACCUGAAAUAUAUUACAGAAAACUCAGAUUUUCUUGGUAGGAAAAAAGCAUUUUAAACCGGUGUUCAAUGAAUAUGACACGGCAGAAUGUGCCAGUUUCACUACUAUAAUAAUAUACAUCUUGUACUUGUACUUUGCUCAUCUAAAAGGAUGUUUUAAUAAAGAAAUAAUUGUCAUUGAACCCAUCAAAAGAGUUAUGAUAUUAUAAAAAACAGUUUCUUCUCAUUAGUUAAGAUGAUAGAUAUCCAAGCACACUUUUGAAAAACAUCACAUGCAAGUUCUACUUAUAAAAAUUAAUGUCAUAAACCAAAGAGAAAUAUAUAAAAAAUAAGAGGUGAACAUAUUUUGAAAGAACCCAAGCAGGAUGGUGCAUGCAGGGAACAGUUUUACUCAUCAAAAUCUCUUACUUUUUAAAAGAAUUUUAUUUAGUAGGAUGCUGAAGAUUUUAGUGGCUUUACCUACCUGACAGGGUUGUAAUAAACACAGAAGUCAUACUGUUCUGUAGCUCAUUGUAAGAAGUGGCAUUUAAAACUGCUGGCAACUGUAAUGCCCUUUUAAACAGUGCCAGUUACAUACUGGAAUGCAUUUACAUCACAUCCAAUUUCAACAAUAUAACGAUGCAUUAAGUCAGCUGGCAUGCAGGGAGUGCCACUGGGUGAUUUUUUCCCAUUGCUGUGCCCAAUGGCAGCCUCCAGGGAGAUAAUCAGGGGACCUCCACAUUGUUUGCCAUCCCCCGCUCUUGUGCCUGAGCACAGAUGCUGCCUGUACCCAUGUGCAGUUUCCAGGGAAGCCCAUCAGAAACACCUACUGCUGACUGGAAGUGUGGAAGUGAGACCUCUCUCCGGGAGGUGGGAAAAUGGGAGCGCUGUACCAGCCUACACGAAAUGUCAGCCAUUCUGCCUGAGCACUUGUCUGACCCGCGUUCAAAAACGGGCUACCCCCGCCACCAAAACCGCCUCCCGUUAUUCCUCUCAUUCCAGCUUUUGUGUUUUCCACACAUAGCACAUUAUUCAGUGUGGGUGUCGGUAAUAAUUGGCACACAAAAAUGCGGUUUUAAUGAUUCCCUCCUACAGAGUGCUUCACCGGCCUCCCUUGAACUGCCUUUUCAUAAUCCCCGAAAUCCCCCCUCUCUUUUCAUAGUGCAUAUACAUACUCCCACAAGGUUCCGCUCGUAAGUGGCAUGUUCUGAGAGCUUUUUUUUCAUAUAACUGUCUGGAAGUCCAUUAUUCAUUUGUUAUUCGUGAUAGGUCAGGCCUGAAAUGCUUCUGGUGCAAGCAUAAAAAUUCAGCCUUCUGAACAUUGCGAGGCUGCAAUAAAGUCCCUACUGGAAGUUCGAAAGCUGGAAUUACACAACACACAGCCCUGCAGUCAAUACUGAAUUUACUUGUGUUUACAGCCUAGCUCAAAAAAUAAUUUAAAUGAAAUAACAUCGUUUUUUUUUUUGUCCGAAACUAGGAAUUGAAUAUAAUUGAAUUUAUCAAAGUAUUUACUUUGGUAAAUAUUAUGCUCCAGGAUGCACUGUAUUUACCAAAGUCAGUUAACUGUUUCAAAAAGCUUAUCCUAAAACUCUUGUGGAGCUGCUUGGGACUUUAUUGAAGUAGGUUCCUAACAUACCUUAAAUCUCUGUGUGGAUUGCUCUUUCCAUGUAAUUUAAAGUUAUAACUGUUCUCCUGAUUUCUGGCUUAAAUGGCUAUGGGGUGUAUUUUACCGUUUUGCAAACUUUUAGCAAAAUCCAUCUUGUACAAUUUUUAUUUCAGAUGGGGGUUCAUUUGUUAAUUACUUUACCAUUUUAUUAAAAUAUUGAAGGAAAGCAACACAAUGCUGAGAGCUAUUUAUUUUAAAUAGGAGAUGAUUGUUAAGAUCAUAGAAAAUAUAUAUUUUUAAUUAGAACCGGUUCUACACUUCAGACUUCUCAUGAUUAGGUCCUGUCCUGCACCAGUUCUUAUUGCUUGGCCCAUGCUUCCUUCAUCCAGGUAAACUCCACUGGCUUGCUUCUCAGGUUUGAUUUUUCUCAAGUCCUUCUGUACAAUUGGUACCUGACAUAUACCUAGCCUAUCUUUGUUUGCCAUAGCUCUGUAAUAAGCCCUGCGGACUGGGAGGCUCUCUGUAUCUCCAUAGAAAAGGUCUGCUAGCAUGCCAGCCAAUCAGGCUCCAACAUCUGGCAUCAGUUCCCUUUGGACGCAUGGGAAAGCAAUCACAAGUGCUUCACUGGCCAAUCAGCUUUAAGCUGAGCAUUAGAUGUGGUGAGCUAUACCCACUAUACCCACAAAAAGACAAAAACAAAUCCCUUGUCUGUGUCUGAAACCUAUGCCAGCCCUACAGAAAACCUAAAGGAGACCUGCUCCAAAAGUUGUCUCAUUGUAACACAAAGUUCCUUCCAAAGUUACAUGUGACAAGCCUUGCUUGCAUUAGCGGAAAAGUGGUAAAUGAUUCCCAUUUACUGAAUUUUGUGCGGAGGUUCUUUAGUUAUUUGUUAUUUAUUGGUGCAUAUUGCGCUCAGAUGUCUGUUACUUUCAUAAUAAAUAAAGUGGUAU